UUGACGCUAUUGUAGCUAUUGUCUGACUGGACAAUAUUAAUACGCCCACAAGGCAUUUUAACACUAUGACAGAGCAAAUAUAGUUCGUGUCUCAAACAUCUAUGAUUCAUUCUGAGGUUAAUCCCAUUGGACAGUGCAGGGAGACCGAGUCAGGUGAUUUCCAAGGAAGCCGGAGAUUCAUUCAGUCGCUCGCCACAGAGAGGGGAGCCCGCCCAACCCGGAUGCACAGAUCGUUUGUGGAGCGGUCAGUUGUGGGGUUCAUCCCGCAGGACUGGGAGUAUUUCAGCACCAGAAAGGACGGACAGCUCCCGCGGCGUUCACCUUUGUUUCCACACCGCUUCUGAGACCUGCGCCCGCUGCAUCUCGCGCAGAGGACCGCGACACGCACGCACGCACGCACGCAGAGGGGCUAGGUGGAACAGACUGCAUGCCGGAUUUGACACUUUUGAGGAGAUCAUUUGCAUGUCGAAUCUCGCCGGGUGUAGCAGCUCUACGUUGGGACUGACAAACGAUGGCGGAGUGUGGAAGGAGGGGACUGUCGCUCCUCGAGGAAGCGCGUUCUCGCUACGAGAGCCUGCAGAUUUCCGAUGAUGUGUUCGGGGAGUCAGGAGACGACAGCAGCGAAAACCCCUUUUACAGUACAACGGGAGACUCCAAUUCGGAUAACUACACGGAGACAAAUCCGGACGAUGCCGGAGCAGGUGAAACUAGGGGUCAGAGCUGCGGUCCCCCCGGUUCCCUCUCCAACGGCCAGGCGCAGGAGGAGGGCUGGAGUGACUCGCUACAGGACCUCAGCGUGCCCCACUAUCAGGACACUCAUGGUCCGACACAGAAAAUGUCUGUCACUGCCACAGCCAUGGACUUCUUCCAGCUGUUUGUCCCUGACAACCUCAUUCAGAACAUGGUGACCCAGACCAACAUGUAUGCCAAGAAGUACCAGGAGCGCUUUGGCAGCGAUGAAGGAUGGACCAAUGUGACGCUGACUGAGAUGAAGGCUUUUCUGGGCUAUGUUACUUCUACUAGCGUGAACCGUUGCGAGUCAGUGCUGAGCAUCUGGAGCAGCGGAUUCUUCAGUAACCGCAGCAUCGCGCUCAAAAUGAGCCAGGCACGGUUCGAGAAGAUCCUCAAGUACUUCCACAUCGUAGCCUUCCGCUCCAGCCACGGUGGCAGUCAGGGCCUCUAUAAGAUCCAACCCUUCCUGGACUCUCUCCAGCAGAGCUUCUCCUCAUCCUUCAGGCCCUCACAGACACAGGUCCUCCAUGAGCCCUUGAUUGAUGAGGACCCUGUAUUCAUUACCACAUGUACAGAGAGGGAGCUGCGCAAGAGGAAGAAGAGGAAGUUCAGCCUGUGGGUGCGACAGUGCAGCUCCACUGGUUUCAUCUGUCAGAUCUAUGUCCAUCUAAAGGAGGGUCCAGGUCCGGAUGGUUUAGACACGCUGAAAAAUAAACCCCAGCUUCACAGUCUGGUGGCCAAGCAGCUCUGUCAGAAUCUGGCUGGCCGUAAUGCAAUCAUCUUCACUGGCCCAAGCAUCACAAGUCUAAACUUGUUUCAGGAAUUUGAGAAACAGGGCAUCUACUGCUGCGGGUUGUUGAGCACCAGGAAGAGCGAUUGUACAGGUCUUCCUCAGUCUAUGCUGAUCAAUACUGAGGCUACACAGCAACGUGGCCAGUCUCACAUUAAGAUGAGAGGAAAUUUGUCCAUAAUCAACUGGUACAACAAAGGCAACUUCAGGUUCCUCACUAAUGCCUACCCUCCUACUAAAGAAGGGGUGAUCAUUAAGAGGAAGAGUGGAGAAAUCCCUUGUCCCCUUGCUGUGGAGGCCUUUGCUGCGCACCUGAGUUACAUCUGCAAAUAUGAUGACAAGUACAGCAAGUACUUCAUUUUCCACAAGCCUAAUAAGACCUGGCAACAGGUGUUUUGGCUAACCAUCAGCAUCGCCAUCAACAAUGCCUAUAUUCUUUACAAGAUGUCAGACGCCUACCACGUCAAACGCUACAGCCGGGCACAGUUCGGCGAGAGGCUGGUGAAGGAGCUCCUGGAUAUGGAUGACUGCUCACCCACUCAGUGAAAGAAACGGCAUGCUGUCUUAAACCCACCCAUGACAACCCACUCAUACUUACAUACUCAUAUACACUUGCUUUCUACACUUCAGGGUCAUUUUGAGUGAACAAACCCUAAACAUAACACAAAAUGUGCCAAGUUUGGUUGAAAAAGGGACGUUUUCCAUCUAAACUCACAUUUAAGACCCCAUUUGGUCAUUUGAUACUACAGGACUAAUGUACAUACGUCACUGUAACACUUGCUGCAUGAGAAACACAAAAAUGUGCCCUUUGUAGAUGUGCAAUGAUUUUUAUCAUUAGAGUUCCAGUAAUAGUGUUGACAUAGUUGUGAACCCUGAGGUACAAUGUUUGGUGAAUUCUCUGUUCGUGAGCAGCUUAUCCAACAUUCAGCACUGAUAAAUAUACUGUAUACACUCUGUGAUUGAGGUGUUUUAUCAGCAAAACGAGAAUGUAAUGCAAUUCACACGUUAAAUCACAGAAAUUCGUAGACGUUCUCCCAAAUACUUGGGCUUUUUUCUAUUUUAUAUCACUUAAUAUUUAUGAUCUUUAUGACUCUAAGGCAACAACAAUAAGUGACACAGAUGAUGUAUAAUGCCACACAGACAUCGAAACUGGAGGUGAAAUGUGGCAACACUACUAUGCUUUCCCAAUCGUUUUUGCACUCAGAAGUAGUGGUCAGGAUUCGUAAAAGUCUCCUAAAUAGGAUUUGCAGAUUUUAAAUAAUGUCCCCAAAUUAUAUUUCCCAUCAAAUCUGUAUUCAAUAUAAUAUUAUUAACUCUUUUGCCUGCCUUUCAUUAAUAUCCAUAUAGUUUUGUCAAUUAAAUUAUGAUGAAAAUAGGAAAAGGGCCCAAUAUACAGUAGUAUACCAAAAAUAAUGUAAAUAUUAUUUCUAAUAAUUCAUUUAUAUAUUUUUAUUAUGUGUAAUUUAAAUUGAUUAUUUAGGGGCAUUGAUGUAUUUGCAAAUGAAUAAAAAAAGAAGAAAAAGAAAAUAAUAAAGGACUUUAACUAGAAUGUCUCUCUACCUGCUAGCGGGUGGAUUUAUGUGGUCUUUCACUGUUCCAGAAGCUAUCAAAAUAUCAAUUUUCCAUGUUGCUAUAUUGUAACCAUGGUAAUGACAGUACAGAGAGCCCAUGGCAUAAUUCGUUCCUCCAAAAAAAACUGAAGCAGAUUCAUUUCCCUCAGGUAAUAUUUUUAGUCAAACAUCUCCCUCUGUAUCACUGUGGUAUAUUCAUACUAGAUAACGAGCACUGUAAGGAACAGAUGUACUAUUGUAAGUGAAUUUGUCAUAGAUUUACUAGACAUGCUUAUUUCCUUGGCUUUUCAUUUCUUAUUUACUGUGCCAUCACCUGCUGUUUUUCUUUGUACUGAGUGAAGCGCUGCGCACUAACAAACCAAUUAGGAUGUUUAUCACUGCAUAUCACUUAAAACAUUCUUUUAAAGCUUCAUAUUCAGUCAAUACAAAUCUGUAUAAAAAGUCUACUUUGUGAUGUCAGCUGCAGUAAUUCACAACAAUAUAUAUAUGCCAUAUUUUAUACCUGCAUCUCUUUUAAAUCAAGACAAAAGCAAUGUUGCAUUAUACAGGUGUGCUCAUAAACAUGAUUUUUUUUGUUUUUUUGUCAUGAAUGUUGCAAAGUUCAUUGUAAUAUAAAAACUGCUGCCUGUGCUUAUCUAAUAUAAAAUGCAGCAGAUGAUUUUGAGAUUGUAUAUCAGUGUUUUCCAGAACAUCUUCUGGGUUCAACUGCACUUCAUAGGGAAUUAAUUAUUUUAAUCAGGCAGACAGUGAACUAUAAUGGCGUUAGAGAGAUGUUUGACCUUAUCUAGGGUGACCUCAGGGUUUUGUAAUUACAACAUCUACUGUAGUGCGGUAUAAUGUAGGAGAUUGGACUGGGUGCUAUGAACCUCUCUGCCAAGAAAACAUAAUCUAUAAGCCAGAAAAUGGUUGGCACGACCGAGAUUUUAAUUAAAGCCCUUGCUAGUGCAGUACCUUAGAAUAAAAACCUUCCAAUAAGCAAAGUUUCUGCUUUUGCACUGGCCACUAACAUUGUUCGAUAUACUUUAGGGCCAGCUUCGUGUGGCAUGAUAGCAGGUAAAAACAAACUGUCUUUUUAAUAAAACAGCUAUGACAACUAUACAGUCUCCUUGACUGGACCAAAUUCCUCAGUAUCUGGUCAAUGUAACAAGAACCCAGUGUUGGACAUGUAUCUAUUUUCAUGUAUGAAUGUUGUGAAUGUGCCGUGUCUUGCUGUUUAAUGCUUGGUGUUCCUUCACUUGUCUUCUCACUGUGAAUGUUGAAAUGAUUCAGGUGUAUGUAAGAGUAUACGUGUUAUCUGUAAUGUUCACCUUCACUGUAUGUCCUGUUAUCAAACUGACCCGUACUUCACCUCCCUGCCUCUAUGUGAGUUAACACCAAUUUGCACACUAAUAAAUGUUGUUUAUACAUACUAUUUUUCCCCCUACAGUAAUUGGUUGAAACAUUCAUUGCACUAUUAUUAGAAUCUCA